AUGAUUGUGAUAUUCUCUCCUCUCCUCUCUCUCCUCUCUGUCUCCUCCUCUGUCUCCUCCUGUCUCCUCUCUAUCUCCUCUCUGUCUCCUCUCUCUCCUCCUCUGUCUCUCCUCUGUCUCCUCUUUGUCUCCUCCUCUGUCUCCUCCUCUGUCUCCUCUCUCUCUCCUUUCUGUCUCCUCCUCUAUCUCCUCUCUAUCUCCUCUCUGUCUCCUCUCUGUCUCCUCUCUAUCUCCUCUCUGUCUCCUCCUCUAUCUCCUCUCUGUCUCCUCCUCUAUCUCCUCUGUCUCCUGUCUCCUCUCUGUCUCCUCUCUGUCUCCUCCUCUAUCUCCUCUCUGUCUCCUCCUCUAUCUCCUCUCUGUCUCCUCUCUGUCUCCUCCUCUAUCUCCUCUCUGUCUCCUCCUCUGUCUCCUCUCUCUCUCCUCCUCUAUCUCCUCUCUGUCUCUUCUCUAUCUCCUCUCUGUCUCCUCUCUAUCUCCUCUCUGUCUCCUCUCUGUCUCCUCUCUAUCUCCUCUCUGUCUCCUCUCUGUCUCCUCUCUGUCUCCUCCUCAGUCUCCUCCUCAGUCUCCGCCUCUGUCUCCUCUCUAUCUCCUCUCUGUCUCCUCUCUGUCUCCUCUCUGUCUCCUCUCUCUCUCCUCCUCUGUCUCCUCUCUCUCUCCUCUCUGUCUCCUCUGUCUCCUCUCUGUCUCCUCUCUGUCUCCUCUCUGUCUCCUCUCUAUCUCAUCUCUGUCUCCUCCUCUGUUUCCUCCUCUGUCUCCUCUCUGUCUCCUCCUCUAUCUCCUCUCUGUCUCCUCCUCUGUCUCCUCUCUCUCUCCUCCUCUAUCUCCUCUCUGUCUCUUCUCUAUCUCCUCUCUGUCUCCUCUCUAUCUCCUCUCUGUCUCCUCUCUGUCUCCUCUCUAUCUCCUCUCUGUCUCCUCUCUGUCUCCUCUCUGUCUCCUCCUCAGUCUCCUCCUCAGUCUCCGCCUCUGUCUCCUCUCUAUCUCCUCUCUGUCUCCUCUCUAUCUCCUCCUCUAUCUCCUCUCUGUCUCCUCCUCUAUCUCCUCUCUGUCUCCUCCUCUAUCUCCUCUCUGUCUCCUCCUCUGUCUCCUCUCUCUCUCCUCCUCUAUCUCCUCUCUGUCUCUUCUCUAUCUCCUCUCUGUCUCCUCUCUAUCUCCUCUCUGUCUCCUCUCUGUCUCCUCUCUAUCUCCUCUCUGUCUCCUCCUCAGUCUCCUCCUCAGUCUCCGCCUCUGUCUCCUCUCUAUCUCCUCUCUGUCUCCUCUCUGUCUCCUCUCUGUCUCCUCUCUGUCUCCUCCUCUGUCUCCUCUCUCUCUCCUCUCUGUCUCCUCUGUCUCCUCUCUGUCUCCUCUCUGUCUCCUCUCUGUCUCCUCUCUAUCUCAUCUCUGUCUCCUCCUCUGUCUCCUCCUCUGUCUCCUCUCUGUCUCCUCUCUGUCUCCUCUCUGUCUCCUCCUCUAUCUCUUCUCUGUCUCCUCUCUCUCCUCCUCUCUGUCUCCUCUGUCUCCUCUCUGUCUCCUCUCUGUCUCCUCUCUGUCUCAUCUCUGUCUCCUCCUCUGUCUCCUCCUCUGUCUCCUCUCUGUCUCCUCUGUCUCCUCUCUGUCUCCUCUCUGUCUCCGCCUCUGUCUCCUCUCUAUCUCCUCUCUGUCUCCUCUCUGUCUCCUCCUCUAUCUCCUCUCUGUCUCCUCCUCUAUCUCCUCUCUGUCUCCUCUCUGUCUCCUCCUCUAUCUCCUCUCUGUCUCCUCCUCUGUCUCCUCUCUGUCUCCUCCUCUAUCUCCUCUCUGUCUCUUCUCUAUCUCCUCUCUGUCUCCUCUCUAUCUCCUCUCUGUCUCCUCUCUAUCUCCUCUCUGUCUCCUCUCUGUCUCCUCUCUGUCUCCUCCUCAGUCUCCGCCUCUGUCUCCUCUCUAUCUCCUCUCUGUCUCCUCUCUGUCUCCUCUCUGUCUCCUCUCUGUCUCCUCCUCUGUCUCCUCUCUCUCUCCUCUCUGUCUCCUCUGUCUCCUCUCUGUCUCCUCUCUGUCUCCUCUCUGUCUCCUCUCUAUCUCAUCUCUGUCUCCUCCUCUGUCUCCUCCUCUGUCUCCUCUCUGUCUCCUCUCUGUCUCCUCUCUGUCUCCUCCUCUAUCUCCUCUCUGUCUCCUCCUCUGUCUCCUCUCUAUCUCCUCUCUGUCUCCUCUGUCUCCUGUCUCCUCUCUAUCUCCUCUCUGUCUCCUCCUCUGUCUCUCCUCUGUCUCCUCUCUCUCUCCUCCUCUAUCUCCUCUGUCUCAUGUCUCCUCUCUCUCCUCCUCUCUAUCUCCUCUCUGUCUCCUCCUCUGUCUCCUCUUUGUCUCCUCCUCUGUCUCCUCUCUAUCUCCUCUCUGUCUCCUCCUCAGUCUCCGCCUCUGUCUCCUCUCUAUCUCCUCUCUGUCUCCUCUCUGUCUCCUCCUCUAUCUCCUCUCUGUCUCCUCUCUGUCUCCUCUCUGUCUCCUCUCUGUCUCCUCCUCUAUCUCCUCUCUGUCUCCUCCUCUAUCUCCUCUGUCUCCUCCUCUAUGUCUCCUCUCUGUCUCCUCUCUGUCUCCUCCUCUAUCUCUUCUCUGUCUCCUCUCUGUCUCCUCUCUGUCUCCUCCUCUAUCUCCUCUCUGUCUCCUCCUCUGUCUCCUCUCUCUCUCCUCCUCUAUCUCCUCUGUCUCCUCCUCUAUCUCCUCUCUGUCUCCUCUCUGUCUCCUCUCUAUCUCCUCUCUGUCUCCUCUCUGUCUCCUCUGUCUCCUCUGUCUCCUCCUCUGUCUCCUCCUCUGUCUCCUCUCUGUCUCCUCUCUGUCUCCUCCUCUGUCUCCUCCUCUGUCUCCUCCUCUGUCUCCUCCUCAGUCUCCUCUCUAUCUCCUCUCUGUCUCCUCUCUGUCUCCUCUCUGUCUCCUCCUCUAUCUCCUCUCUGUCUCCUCCUCUGUCUCCUCUCUAUCUCCUCUCUGUCUCCUCUGUCUCCUGUCUCCUCUCUGUCUCUCCUCUGUCUCCUCUCUCUCUCCUCCUCUAUCUCCUCUGUCUCCUGUCUCCUCCUCUGUCUCCUCUUUGUCUCCUCCUCUUUCUCCUCUCUAUCUCCUCUCUGUCUCCUCCUCUAUCUCCUCUCUGUCUCCUCCUCUGUCUCCUCUCUGUCUCCUCUCUGUCUCCUCUCUAUCUCCUCUCUGUCUCCUCCUCUGUCUCCUCCUCUUUCUCCUCUCUGUCUCCUCUCUGUCUCCUCUUUGUCUCCCCCUCUCUCUCCUCUCUGUCUCCUCUCUGUCUCCCCCUCUCUCUCCUCUGUCUCCUCUCUGUCUCCUCUCUGUCUCCCCCUCUCUCUCCUCUGUCUCCUCUCUGUCUCCCCCUCUCUCCUCUGUCUCCUCUCUGUCUCCUCUCUGUCUCCUAUCUGUCUCCCCCUCUCUCUCCUCUGUCUCCUCUCUGUCUCCCCUCUCUCUCCUCUGUCUCCUCUCUGUCUCCUCUCUGUCUCCUCUCUGUCUCCUCUCUGUCUCCCCCUCUCUCUCCUCUGUCUCCUCUCUGUCUCCUCUCUCUCUCCUCUCUGUCUCCUCUCUGUCUCCUCUCUGUCUCCUCUCUGUCUCCCCCUCUCUCUCCUCUGUCUCCUCUCUGUCUCCUCUCUCUCUCCUCUCUGUCUCCUCUCUGUCUCCUCUCUGUCUCCUCUCUCUCUCCUCUCUGUCUCCUCUCUCUCUCCUCUCUCUCUCCUCUCUCUCUCCUCUCUGUCUCCUCUCUGUCUCCUCUCUGUCUCCUCUCUCUCUCCUCUCUCUCUCCUCUCUGUCUCCUCUCUGUCUCCUCUCUGUCUCCUCUCUGUCUCCUCUCUGUCUCCCCCUCUCUCUCCUCUGUCUCCUCUCUGUCUCCUCUCUCUCUCCUCUCUGUCUCCUCUCUGUCUCCUCUCUGUCUCCUCUCUGUCUCCUCUCUGUCUCCUCUCUGUCUCCUCUCUGUCUCCUCUCUGUCUCUCCUCUGUCUCCUCCUCUGUCUCCUCCUCUGUCUCCUCUCUGUCUCCUCUCUCUCUCCUCCUCUAUCUCCUCUGGCUCUCUCUGUCUCCUCUCUCUCCUCCUCUCUAUCUCCACUCUGUCUCCUCCUCUGUCUCCUCUUUGUCUCCUCCUCUGUCUCCUCCCUAUCUCCUCUCUGUCUCCUCUCUGUCUCCUCUCUGUCUCCUCCUCUAUCUCCUCUCUGUCUCCUCCUCUGUCUCCUCUCUCUCCUCCUCUAUCUCCUCUGUCUCCUGUCUCCUCUCUCUCCUCCUCUAUCUCCUCUCUGUCUCCUCUCUGUCUCCUCUCUGUCUCCUCUCUGUCUCCUCCUCAGUCUCCUCCUCUGUCUCCUCUCUGUCUCCUCCUCAGUCUCCUCCUCUGUCUCCUCUCUAUCUCCUCUCUGUCUCCUCUCUGUCUCCUCUCUGUCUCCUCCUCUGUCUCCUCUCUGUCUCCUCUCUGUCUCCUCUGUCUCCUCUCUGUCUCCUCUCUAUCUCAUCUCUGUCUCAUCUCUGUCUCCUCCUCUGUCUCCUCUCUGUCUCCUCUCUGUCUCCUCUCUGUCUCCUCUCUGUCUCCUCUCUGUCUCCUCCUCUGUCUCCUCUCUAUCUCCUCUCUGUCUCCUCUGUCUCCUCCUCUAUCUCCCUCUGUCUCCUCUGUCUCCUCUCUUUCUCCUCUCUGUCUCUCCUCUGUCUCCUCUCUAUCUCCUCCCUGUCUCCUCUCUCUCCUCCUCUUCUCCUCUGUCUCCUGUCUCCUCUCUCUUCUCCUCUCUUUCUCCUCUCUUCUCCUCUCUGUCUCCUCCUCUUCUCCUCUCUCUCUCCUCCUCUGUCUCCUCUCUGUCUCCUCUCUGUCUCCUCUCUUCUCUCUCUCUGUCUCCUCCUCUGUCUCCUCCUCUGUCUCCUCUCUGUCUCCUCCCUGUCUCCUCUCUCUCUCCUCUCUGUCUCCUCUCUGUCUCCCCCUCUCUCUCCUCUGUCUCCUCUCUGUCUCCUCUCUGUCUCUCCUCUCUCUCCUCCUCUGUCUCCUCUCUGUCUCCUCUCUCUCCUCCUCUGUCUCCUCUCUGUCUCCUCUCUGUCUCCUCUCUGUCUCCUCCUCUGUCUCCUCUGUCUCCUCUCUGUCUCCUCUCUGUCUCCUCUCUGUCUCUCCCCCUCUCUCUCUCUGUCUCCUCUCUGUCUCCUCUCUCUCUCCUCUCUGUCUCCUCUCUGUCUCCUCUCUGUCUCCUCUCUGUCUCCUCUCUGUCUCCCCCUCUCCUCUCUGUCUCCUCUCUCUCUCUCUCUCUCCUCUCUGUCUCCUCUCUGUCUCCUCUCUGUCUCCUCUCUCUCUCCUCUCUCUCUCCUCUCUCUCUCUCCUCUCUCUCCUCUCUGUCUCCUCUCUGUCUCCUCUCUCUCUCCUCUCUGUCUCCUCUCUGUCUCCUCUCUCUCUCCUCUCUCUCUCCUCUCUGUCUCCUCUCUGUCUCCUCUCUGUCUCCUCUCUGUCUCCUCUCUGUCUCCCCCUCUCUCUCCUCUGUCUCCUCUCUGUCUCCUCUCUCUCUCCUCUCUGUCUCCUCUCUGUCUCCUCUCUGUCUCCUCUCUGUCUCCUCUCUGUCUCCUCUCUGUCUCCUCUCUGUCUCCUCUCUGUCUCAUCUCUGUCUCCUCCUCUGUCUCCUCCUCUGUCUCCUCUCUGUCUCCUCUCUCUCUCCUCCUCUAUCUCCUCUCUCCUCUCUCUCUCUCCUCUCUAUCUCCACUCUGUCUCCUCCUGUCUCCUCUUUGUCUCCUCCUCUGUCUCCUCCCUAUCUCCUCUCUGUCUCCUCUCUGUCUCCUCUCUGUCUCCUCCUCUAUCUCCUCUCUGUCUCCUCCUCUGUCUCCUCUCUCUCCUCCUCUAUCUCCUCUGUCUCCUGUCUCCUCUCUCUCCUCCUCUAUCUCCUCUCUGUCUCCUCUCUGUCUCCUCUCUGUCUCCUCCUCAGUCUCCUCCUCUGUCUCCUCUCUGUCUCCUCCUCAGUCUCCUCCUCUGUCUCCUCUCUAUCUCCUCUCUGUCUCCUCUCUGUCUCCUCUCUGUCUCCUCCUCUGUCUCCUCCUCUGUCUCCUCUCUGUCUCCUCUCUGUCUCCUCUGUCUCCUCUCUGUCUCCUCUCUAUCUCAUCUCUGUCUCCUCCUCUGUCUCCUCCUCUGUCUCCUCCUCUGUCUCCUCUCUGUCUCCUCUCUGUCUCCUCUCUGUCUCCUCUCUGUCUCCUCUCUGUCUCCUCCUCUGUCUCCUCUCUAUCUCCUCUCUGUCUCCUCUGUCUCCUCCUCUAUCUCCUCUGUCUCCUGUCUCCUCUCUUUCUCCUCUCUGUCUCCUCCUCUGUCUCCUCUUUGUCUCCUCCUCUGUCUCCUCUCUCUCCUCCUCUAUCUCCUCUGUCUCCUGUCUCCUCUCUCUCCUCCUCUCUUUCUCCUCUCUGUCUCCUCCUCUGUCUCCUCUCUCUCCUCCUCUAUCUCCUCUGUCUCCUGUCUUCUCUCUCUCCUCCUCUCUGUCUCCUCCUCUGUCUCCUCUUUGUCUCCUCCUCUGUCUCCUCUCUAUCUCCUCCCCAUGUCAUUCUCUCUCCUCCUCUAUCUCCUCUGUUCCUGUUUUCAAGCUUAUAA